AUGGGGCACCACUACCAGCUGUUCGAGGACCCGUUCGCGAGGAGCAUGUCGUCGCUGGAGCCGGACAUCUUCUCCGGCACCGGCGUCCAUCAUCACCUCGCGCCGUCCACGCAGUGGCUGGGCCUCGGAAACCACGGCAUCCCAGUGGCGCCGACCGCCAACAACGGCACCUCCUCGGGCGGCGACGGCGACGGCUCGGGCUCCCAUCGCAAGAUCAGUCACAACGCCUACGAGCGAGACCGACGCAAGGAGCUCAACGAGCUCUACUCCGACCUCCGCUCCCUCCUCCCCGAAGACGAUCGCACCAAGAAGCUGAGCAUUCCAAUCACGGUGUCACGGGUGCUCAAGUACAUCCCGGAGCAGCAGAAGCAGGUGGAAGGCCUGGAGAACAAGAAGGAGGAGCUGACACGGGCCAGCUGCAAGCCAGGAGUGCUGACCAUGAGGGAGAACACGGCUCCGACUGUGUCCGCCACCUGCAUCGACGACAGGGAUAUCAUGGUCCAGGUCAGCCUGGUGAGCACUAUGGCUGGAGAUCUGCCCAUGUCCAAGUGCAUCAACGUGCUGGAGAAUGAAGGUCUUCGCCUCAUCAGCUCGUCCACUUCCGCAUUCCAGAACAGGACGUUCUACAGCCUUCAUCUUCAGAGAACCCAACGAACGAUGAGCAAGGAGUGUCCAGCAUUUUGUGAAGAACUGGAGAACGUCAUGAAGCAAAAGGCAGGACUGCGUCUACAUCACUAG